AUGUCAGGCAGAAAGAAGGCACUUCUCAAGGUGAUUAUUCUCGGCGAUUCAGGCGUGGGAAAGACUUCGUUGAUGAAUCAAUACGUAAAUCGCAGAUUCAGUAAUCAGUACAAGGCUACAAUAGGUGCUGAUUUCCUCACUAGAGAUGUUCAAAUUGAUGAUCGUACAGUCACUCUACAGAUUUGGGAUACCGCAGGACAAGAGCGCUUCCAAUCAUUGGGUGUCGCAUUCUAUCGUGGAGCUGAUUGCUGUGUGUUGGCAUUUGAUGUGACGAGUGCAUCAUCAUUUAAGAGCCUCGAUUCUUGGCGAGACGAGUUUCUAAUUCAGGCUUGCCCACGCGAUCCAGAGAACUUUCCAUUUGUUUUGCUCGGUAACAAGGUCGAUUUGGAAGCACAACGAGCUGUAAGCGCAAAACGCGCGCAAUCAUGGUGCCAAACGAAGAACAACAUCCCAUAUUACGAGGUCUCGGCGAAGGAAGCAGUCAAUGUUGAGGCUGCCUUCCAGGCAAUUGCUCGUGAUGCACUUGCUAGGGAAGCACAGGAAUCACACGACUUUCCGGAAUUUCCCGAUCAGAUUCGCCUCAACGAAAAUCGGUCGUCGCCCAGCGGCGGUUGCAAUUGCUAA